AUGUGCACAUAUAACCAAUAUUCCAAAAACGAAUUCCAUGUUUUCAAUGAUGUCGAAUCUGACGAAGCAGAGAGCAGUGCAUCAGAGGAAGAAGUCAGACCUGCCAAUAAGCCAAAGAAUUCUAUAGCUAAAGCAUACUCAAUAGAAUCAUCAUCCUCAGAGAAAGAUUCGGAUUCUGAUGAGGAGCCACCGCCGAGUCCUCCUCGUCGAAGAGUUUCUCUACCUAUUCCUAUGCGUGCCAAUCUCCUUGUCCCGGAUCUUACUUGUCCCAUUGAUCAUCUUCGUCCACAACAUAUCUACGGUUACAUCAACACCGCUCUCAAAGCUUUGGGCUAUCUUGGAGUUUAUACUUUCGAUCUCUUUGUCCAAUCCAAGGCACUUGAUGGAGGAGCCAUCGAUAUGCUUCGAAGAUCCGGUGUUGAGGUUCAUAUCUCACAACCGCCUACGAAGACCAAGAAGAAAUCAAAUGCAAACCACAAAGGUUUUCCCGAUUAUGAAUUGGGGAAGGCUAUGCACUCAUGGGCAUUGGAGCGUAAUCCAAGCCCGGUGCUCCUAAUCUCUUCAGAUUCUCGUCUUCGCACCGACGUCUCACAUAUCAAAAGUCUCAGGUUUGAGAUAAUCUUAUUUCACACCAAAAAGGCUCCCAAAGAUCUCAAGGACUUAUGUACAAAAUAUGCACUAUGGUUUAAUGGUGUGGCAGAACUGACUUAGGAAUGAAUCUGACGAAGGAGAGAGCAGUGCAUCACGAAGAAGUCAGACCUGCCUAAAAGCUAAAAAAAUAAAUAUUCCAAGUUGGUAAUCAGAUCCUUUAUCAUCAAAAGUAAGAUAAUUAAAGAACUUUUUGUAGCUUCAUGUGCUACUAGUUCUUAAUCUUUUUUUUUUUUUUGUCAACGGCUAGUUCUUAAUCUAAGUUACAAUAAUAAUUUACAUUACUCUUUAGAAAAAUUUGAUCUUAAAUUUUUAAUUUUAAUACAGAAUUUAUAAUAAGUUUGUUAGGUAGCAUUGUCUCUGUCAAUAUCAAAUAUAAAAACUU